AUGUCUGACGGUGGCGAUAUCGAGGUCGAGAACACUGUCGUCUCUGACGUCCUUCCCAAGGAUGUUACCAAGGAGGUCGGCAACGUCAAGUUGUUCAACAAGUGGGACUACGAUGUCGAGGUUCGCGACAUCUCUUUGACUGACUACAUUUCCCUGCGAAACCCCGUCUAUGUCACCCACUCUGCUGGCCGAUAUGCCGUCAAGCGAUUCCGCAAGGCCAACUGCCCCAUCAUUGAGCGAUUGACCAACUCGCUCAUGAUGCACGGCCGCAACAACGGCAAGAAGCUGAUGGCUGUCCGCAUUGUCGCCCACUCUUUCGAGAUUAUCCACCUCAUGACCGACCAGAACCCCAUCCAGGUCGCCGUCGACGCCAUCGUCAACUGCGGUCCCCGCGAAGACUCUACCCGAAUUGGCUCCGCCGGUACCGUCCGACGACAAGCCGUCGAUGUCUCCCCUCUCCGCCGCGUCAACCAGGCCAUCGCCCUGCUCACCACCGGUGCCCGUGAGGCCGCUUUCCGCAACGUCAAGUCGAUUGCUGAGUGCCUCGCCGAAGAGCUGAUCAACGCCGCCAAGGGUAGCAGCAACUCCUACGCUAUCAAGAAGAAGGACGAGUUGGAGCGUGUGGCCAAGAGCAACCGAUAA